GCCUCCGUUUCGCUGGUGUGCCAUGAAGUUGCGGUGUCCAUAGGCUUGUACGCGAAAAAUGGAAGCAAUGUGCACUUUUGACCUUCCAAAAUUUCCCCAUGUCUGACCGGAUGCAGAAGCGGAGUUUCACCCCCCUGGUCUUGUUUUAGCUUUACGGGGCUUUACGGUGCGUAUCAUUUAGACUAGACAUAACCCUCGCCUUUACUUCAGUCUCUGGUUUUAGUCUCCCUGCAUAUAUAUAUAAGAGUCCCUUACACACGGACAAGAGAAAAUGAGAAAACAAAGAACGUGUCAAACAGUCCAAGGCCAAUUAAUACAAGGAUAUCAAAACGACUUUUGAAAGCUUGAACUUUAUUUGCAAAUUUCUCUCGACCACUUUCGGGGUAAGAGAAAUACACAGAUAUUUGACAUCUAUGAUACAUUAUAUGGGAACAAAAAUAUGGCAAAAGAGGAAACAAUAAAAUAUAACGCACCGUUAUUAAUACUGUCUAUGGCAGUACUGUCAAAGACGGUACGGUAUACAUAGAGCCGACACCUCAAUCAAAGACUAGUAGUGCUGGUGACGUCACCUGUUUGGUCACAUGCCGAUUAAAAGUCACGAGACUUGCUUGCAUCAUCAAUGUAUUGUGUUCGUUAUGCAAAUUCAUUCUGUGAAUAGCGGAAGCGCCAUCCAGAGUCACUGUACCGUAAUCUGAAAGAUCACGAGACAGAAGUUAGAACACUGCUGAACUCGACCCUUCUUAUAAAAGCCGGCAGAGCAACAUAAUCUGUAGUACUUUGAUUGAAUACCAGUUCAACGUGGUUGAAAGCUUUUUAUUUCUACAAUGUCAAAUCUAACAUUCCUCAUUGCAAUGGGCCUUGUUGCCUGUACUGUUGCUGCCAGUGUGUCAGUUACUAAACCAGACCUUGACACUUAUUGGGAAACAUGGAAGGAAACCCACUCAAAACAAUACCAAGAUGGUCCUGAGGAGAUGGAAAGGAGACUUGUGUGGGAGAACAACCUCAAGAAGAUUAAUUUGCACAACCUUAAACAUGGUCUUGGUCAGACGAGUUUCAAGCUUGGAAUAAAUGAAUAUGGUGAUAGGAGGCUAAGUGAGAUUCGUACCAAAAUGAAUGGCUACAGAAGAUCCAAUACCACCAAGCACCAAGGAAGCGUCUUCUUGAGACCAUCUAACGUCCAGGUACCAGACACCGUAGAUUGGAGGACACAAGGUUAUGUCACUCCAGUAAAAAAUCAGGGCCAAUGUGGAUCUUGCUGGGCCUUCAGUACCACUGGAUCCCUUGAAGGACAGACCUUCAAACACACAGGCAAACUCAUCAGCCUUAGCGAACAGAAUCUUGUUGACUGCUCCCGCAAGGAAGGAAACAUGGGCUGUGAGGGAGGUCUCAUGGAUCAGGGUUUUGAGUACGUCAAGGAAAACAAUGGCAUUGACUCUGAGGAAUGCUACCCCUAUGAAGCUGAGGAUGAGACAUGUCACUACAAACAAUCAUGUGAUUCUGCUGAGGUUACUGGAUACACUGAUGUUACCAGUCAAGAUGAGGAAGCCCUGAUGGAAGCUGUUGCUACCGUUGGACCUGUUUCUGUUGCCAUUGAUGCCAGCCACCAAUCCUUCCAAUUGUAUGAAUCUGGUGUGUAUGAUGAGACUGACUGCAGUAGCACUGAAUUGGAUCAUGGUGUUCUAGUUGUUGGUUAUGGAACCUCUGAUGGACAGGAUUAUUGGCUCGUUAAGAACAGCUGGGGAGAAAGUUGGGGACUGAAUGGUUACAUCAUGAUGUCUCGAAACAAGAACAACCAAUGUGGUAUUGCUACCUCAGCCAGCUAUCCUCUUGUCUAAACACACCCCUCACUACCUCUGCUUUUUCCAUUGGUAUAUGUUACCAUUUUCACAUAUUUUCAGUGUUUUCAGAUGAUGAGAAAGAAUAAUUCAACAUUCUUCUUUAUGCUUAUUCAUAUCUAGUAGACCUCUAUAUACAUAUACACCAUCCAUUUAUGUGUAAAAAUAUCUCAGAAUGGAAUAAAUUAUCAGAAAAAGAAUGAGAUGCAUCUUAUGCAUACAAAAGUGCAUCUAAAGUUGCAAAAAUAUAGUGGCAAAAGUGUCAUUUCCUGAAGAAAGUAUGGAAAAGGGGUAAAAUAAAUAGAUCUGUAAUUUACACUAAAGCUAACAAUGUUUUACCAUGAUGACAUAUUUAACAUAUCUCUAUGCAGGAUGUGUGUUUGCCCAACAUUGCACCUAGAAGAGCAUUCUUAGGUAAAAUAAAUUUUCAAAUCCUCAUGUUAAGUUUACCCCCUAAGUGAUAAGUGAAUCAAACCUGAGUGUGUCCCCUUCUCUUUGCCUUGCAAUGAGAGAGGUUUGUGGUACUGAUGACUCUCAUUUGCUAAAAUCUCUUAAGGACCAUCAAUUAUGUAAAAUAUUUACAUCAGUCAGCACUUUUAUAACUUCGUAGGCUAUUUGUCUUUGCAUUAUGCCAUAUGUGCAUGUACUUACAAUAUCAUCUGUGUUAAUAUCAUUGUUGAAAACUCCUAUGGAAAAUUAUUAUUGAACCCUUCUUUUAGUUUAUAUUUUUCAAAUUUCCUGUGCAUUAACAUUCAUAGGUUUUCAAACUUAAAGUUCAAGCAAUCAGAUAGGGGCUUAAGUAAUGUAUUCAAGUUGGUAAACUAAAUCACAAAAUUAGACAAAUUCAAGAUGAAGUAUACAUGAUCUUUAGAAUAUGCUAUAUGUUUAUGCAUGUAUUACACAAAUGCCUCAAAUCUUUUGGUAUUGUGGCUUUUUGGUGACCAUUUAUUUCGUUUUUGACAGGCUGAUGUUAAAAAUGUCUGUGUGCUGCAUGUAUUUAUGUAUGAAUGGUCUGUAAGCCCACAUAAAACAGUGUUGUAGAGGAAGAUAUAUUGCAAAGAUAUAUUAUUUUUACUUAAUGUAUGAUUUUUAUCUCUCUCUACUUUGUUUUCUUGUGUCUACUAGUGCCUUCCGUGUUGUUAUCCAUUUCAGAACUUAUCACAUCUAUACAGGAUUGAACUACUAUUUAUCACUUGUUGAUUAUUGGUGGCACUUUGAUUUAAAAUGAAAGCAAAGGGUGAUACCAUGAAGUUUUAAACAUUUUCCAACCACUUGAUGUCAUGAUUGAGUACAGAUAUGCAUUGUGCAAUUGAAUUGAUUUGUAUGUGUACUUGCACUUGAUUUACUUGACUUAAUUUUUUUUUUUUUUAAGGUAAUUUUCCGUUUCAGUUUGGUAGAUAAAGAAUUUUUUAAUAAUUUAUUUUUUUUCUUAUAAGUGUUUUUUUUUUUUUUUUUAACAGAAUUUAAAAUGUUAUUGGGGUCCUUUUUUCUCUCAUGCUUUUGUCUCUGUAUGUCUGGGUUGUUGAGUGAUGAAACGGCAUUCAUUGAUUUAGAUUAGAUAUUGAAUGUUUAGUGGAAACCUCUUUAUUAUGUUAUUUUUUAUUGUUGUAAUGGGAUGGACAUUUUUCGUUUGCAGAAACGGGUUAAGUGUUUGAUUGUUUAUAUAUAUGUGUAAUUUCCGAUGUAAUACUUUAGUAACUUGUUAUGUAUAUGACUUUUUAUACUGAUAAUUAUUGAAAUAAAAAUCAUGAAAUGUUA